UUAGUCAUCGCACUGGGGAACCUUUCUGGAACUGGGCACCCACUUGCGUGGUGUUUGCCUGCUCUUUGUGCGGGGAUUAGCUGCGGUGCGGGGUUUGGCAACGCUGCGAGGGCUGGGCAACACGUAAUCCAGGAUUUGCCUGUGCCUCGCGGCUUAUGGAAAACAGAUGUCUGUCCGCCCUGCGCUUCGGCACAGAAUGGAAAUGACCAACCAGAGAGCCUUGCAGAGCCGGGGACCCCGAGCUAAGGGCCUCCAGCGUCCAGCUGGGAGGCAGCUUUCCUCCCGCUCGGCUGUUUCGGCCACUUCAGCCCGGCUCUCGGAGCACAUCAGGCGGUGAAGCAGCCCCACCUCCAGGCACGGCUCCGGGAGGAGCGGGCGCGGAGGAGCGCGCGGGCCGAGGUCGCCUGCCGCCGCCGGGGCCGCGCGCGAGCAAACGCCGGCCCGGGAGGGGACCGCCGCCCCAGGCCGAGGCGGAGCCGCAGCCUCCCGCCUCCCGCCGCCGUCCGCCAGCGCGCCAGUUCUCCGCCGAGCGAGUCGCCGACGGGCACAGCAGCGCGCAGGGUCAAAGACAGCCGGCCUCCCAUGUCAGUGGUCUAGGAUGGCCAGUGAAGCCACCCACAUCCCAAGUCCUGUGGUGCGCCAGAUCGACAAGCAGUUUCUGAUCUGUAGUAUAUGCCUGGAACGGUACAAGAAUCCCAAGGUUCUCCCCUGUCUGCACACUUUUUGCGAGAGGUGUCUGCAGAACUACAUUCCCGCCCACAGUCUCACCCUCUCCUGCCCCGUGUGCCGCCAGACCUCCAUCCUGCCCGAGAAGGGGGUGGCCGCGCUCCAGAACAACUUCUUCAUCACGAACCUGAUGGACGUGCUGCAGAGAACGCCGGGCAGCAACGUUGAGGAGUCCUCCAUCCUGGAGACGGUCACCGCCGUGGCUGCGGGAAAGCCCCUCUCUUGCCCAAACCACGAUGGGAAUGUGAUGGACUUUUACUGCCAGUCCUGCGAGACUGCCAUGUGUCGGGAGUGCACUGAGGGGGAGCAUGCGGAACACCCCACGGUUCCCCUCAAGGAUGUGGUGGAGCAACACAAGGCCUCUCUCCAGGUCCAGCUGGACGCCGUCAACAAAAGGCUCCCAGAAAUAGAUUCUGCCCUUCAGUUCAUCUCAGAAAUCAUUCACCAGUUAACCAACCAAAAGGCCAGCAUUGUGGAUGACAUCCAUUCUACCUUUGAUGAGCUCCAGAAGACUCUGAACGUGCGCAAAAGUGUGCUGCUUAUGGAACUGGAAGUCAACUAUGGCCUCAAACAUAAAGUCCUUCAGUCGCAGCUGGAUACUCUGCUCGAGGGGCAGGAGAGUAUAAAGAGCUGCAGCAACUUCACGGCGCAGGCCCUCAACCAUGGCACGGAGACGGAGGUGCUGCUUGUGAAGAAGCAGAUGAGCGAGAAGCUGAACGAACUGGCCGACCAGGAUUUCCCGCUGCACCCGCGUGAAAACGAUCAGCUGGAUUUUAUCGUGGAGACCGAAGGGCUCAAGAAGUCCAUCCACAACCUCGGGACGAUUUUAACCACCAACGCCGUCGCCUCCGAGACGGUGGCCACGGGUGAGGGACUGCGGCAGACCAUCAUCGGGCAGCCCAUGUCCGUUACCAUAACGACCAAGGACAAAGACGGCGAGCUGUGCAAGACGGGCAACGCCUACAUCACCGCCGAGCUGAGCACGCCCGACGGCAGCGUGGCGGACGGAGAAAUCCUCGACAACAAAAACGGCACCUAUGAGUUUUUGUACACUGUCCAGAAGGAAGGGGACUUUACCCUCUCUCUGCGACUCUACGACCAGCACAUCCGAGGCAGCCCGUUCAAGCUGAAAGUGAUCCGGUCGGCCGACGUGUCUCCCACCACCGAGGGCGUGAAGAGGCGCGUGAAAUCCCCGGGAAGCGGCCAUGUAAAGCAGAAAGCCGUGAAGCGACCCGCCAGCAUGUACAGCACCGGCAAACGAAAAGAGAAUCCCAUCGAAGACGAUUUGAUCUUCCGCGUGGGUACCAAAGGGAGAAAUAAAGGAGAAUUUACAAAUCUUCAAGGGGUAGCUGCAUCUACAAGUGGAAAGAUAUUAAUUGCAGAUAGCAACAAUCAAUGUGUACAGAUAUUCUCCAAUGACGGCCAGUUCAAAAGCCGGUUUGGCAUACGAGGGCGCUCUCCCGGGCAGCUGCAGCGGCCCACAGGAGUAGCUGUGCAUCCCAGUGGGGACAUAAUCAUUGCAGACUAUGAUAAUAAAUGGGUUAGCAUUUUCUCUUCAGAUGGCAAGUUUAAGACAAAAAUUGGAUCAGGAAAGUUGAUGGGGCCCAAAGGAGUCUCUGUGGACCGCAACGGGCACAUCAUUGUGGUGGACAACAAGGCGUGCUGCGUGUUUAUCUUCCAGCCAAACGGGAAGAUAGUCACCAGGUUUGGUAGCCGAGGAAAUGGGGACAGGCAGUUUGCAGGUCCCCAUUUUGCAGCUGUAAAUAGCAAUAAUGAGAUCAUUGUUACGGAUUUCCAUAAUCAUUCUGUCAAGGUGUUUAAUCAGGAGGGUGAAUUCAUGUUGAAGUUUGGCUCAAAUGGAGAAGGAAACGGGCAGUUUAAUGCUCCAACAGGUGUAGCAGUGGAUUCAAAUGGAAACAUCAUUGUAGCCGACUGGGGAAACAGCAGGAUCCAGGUUUUUGAUGGAAGUGGCUCGUUUUUGUCCUACAUUAACACAUCUGCUGACCCACUCUACGGCCCCCAAGGCCUGGCCCUCACUUCGGACGGCCAUGUUGUGGUUGCAGACUCUGGAAACCACUGUUUCAAGGUCUACCGGUACUUACAGUAAUGGUGGGCAGCUGGACAGCUCCUUACAAAGGUCUUGCACUAUAAACUGGAAUGGAUUUCUCAACACGGGACCAGAUUACACUAGACUUUCCAUCCUAGAAGGAAUCAUUGGUGAAUUUUCCAAGGUUAUUUCCGAAUGUAAACCAUUUCCUUGAACACUGCAUAUCUGAUUUCUGUAAUUCACCUUUUAGGGUUUAAAGAAAAGAAAUCCCUUCUACUGAAUCUAUGGAAACUGCAAAGUUUUACACCUGUGAACUAUGGCUUAUCGGACAGGGAUUUAUGUAGUUGAACUGAUUUUUGCAAAUCAAACACACACUAAAAAAAAAGAAACUAGAAUAUUUAAAGGUAUUCGUUAAUCCUGUGAAUGGUAGCUUUUGUUCAGAGCUUCCAAAAACAAUACAAAACAAAAGCAGAAUCUGUUGUAGUUAUAUACUUUAUUUAACUUCGGUUACAAGACCCGGGGGAUCUUCUAACCUCACUUUUACAGUAGGUAUUACUCAUGUGACAUUUUUUGGUUAUCGAUAACUACAUAUACAUUAGGAAAAAGUAAGACUGUCUUGCAGAACCCUCCCAGCUGUGAUUAGGCAGGGCUCUUGAGUUUAGCACUUAAAAACCACUGCAAAUUUCCCAUCCUUUCUGGGUUAGAUGCAAGAUCCUUUUUGUGUGUUCUUUUCACAAAGCCCAUUUUCAGGGAAACCUGAAAUUCCCAAUGCUUUGAAAAGCAUAUUACAAUAGCAUAUGCAACCUUUUGGCAAACAAACAGCCCCCUCAACUCCAGACUAAUGCACUAGAAGGUAAUCGAGAAAAAAUUAGCCACGUUUUAUGUGCCAAUGUUCUCACGUGUCUCUCCUCUUCCACUUCCCGAAAGCGAAAGCUUUACCUCCUGCAAAAAUGUCAGCACAUGUAGUAGGACACCAGUAUCCUAGGACAGAGAGCCAUAAGUAGCCCUUUGGAGGACUGAUGGUGUCAACCAAAGGCAUGUGGUUGAGAUUAAUGGUUUCCCCUUAGAAAGCAAGUGUUACCAAAGUCGUGUUAUCUCGAGAGCAUUACAGGUAAGGGCAUGUUACGGUUAUUUAUCAUUGUCUAAUGAAUAGUAGAGGCAUUAAAGGACUAUGUAUACAUGAUUAGGGUAAGGUAGAAUGUAUCAUAUAUAUAUAGCUGAAUCUUUGGUGUAUUGGAAUAGGCAGCACUCUGAAAGACAGAAGCAUCGUCCAGCACAUUCCUUUACUGCACAGUUUAAAGCCGUCCUCACAGAGUAAGCCCUAAAACAGGUUUAAUUUUCACCAUUUUCCAGUAAUGAUGAUAUCGGCUGACUUUUAGUCAGAAAAAUGGCCUUCUGUACUUUCAAAAACAAAACAAAACAAAAACAGGUCGAAAGAAAAAGAAACGUCGAACUUGAGUUACAUUUAGUUUAAGUACACAUGCGUUUGGAGAAAUGUGAAGAAUAAUUUAGUCAAUUGUUAAUCUGUCAUUGAUACUGUAAAAUAAGAUGUGAUCUGUUUCCACUGUUUAAUUUUCUAGUCAGUUCUCCCAAAUAGGAUGUCAUGUUUGGCAUUUUCGAUAAUGACUUUGGGAUCUUUUUCACUGAAAG